UUCACCCAUCCCUCCCUCUCUCUCUCUCUCUCUCUCUCUCUCUCUCUCUCUCUCACGCAAAUGACAAUCACCACUGUCCAAUCUCUCCUCCUCCUAACCCUCCUCUUCCUCCCUAUCUCUUCCCAAUCCCCUCAUCUAGAGUCCACCAACUACAUCUUCAAUGCCACCGAAUUUCCUCCCGAGGAGGAAUACGACUACAUCGUUGUCGGCGGCGGCACCGCUGGCUGCCCGCUCGCCGCCACCCUCUCCGAAGACCACCGCGUCUUGCUCCUCGAACGCGGCGGCAGCAGCACCUCCUUCCCCACCGUCCUCACCCGAGAAGGUUUCCUCCCCACCCUCCUGCAGACCGACCUCUACUCCUCCCCCGCCCAGUCCUUCAUCUCCGAAGACGGCGUCCCCAACGCCCGAGGCCGCAUCCUUGGCGGCAGCAGCUCCAUCAACGCCGGCUUCUACAGCCGCGCCGACUCCACCUUCUUCCUUGCCGGAUCUGGCCCCAUCAUCUGGGACAUGUCUCUCGUCAAUGCCUCCUACGAGUGGGUCGAGCGGGCCGUAGCAUUCCAACCCAACGUUGGGAUCUGGCAGUCUGCCGUCCGUGACGGGCUCCUCGAGGCCAACUUCACACCCUACAAUGGUUUCACCGUCGAACACGUGGUGGGGACGAAGAUCGGGGCCACUACAUUCGACCCGAGCGGGCGGCGGCACAGCGCUGCCGAUCUUCUUGGUUACGCCACAAUGUCGAAUAUCAGGGUCGCCCUUCAUGCCAGUGUAGAGAGGGUUCUCUUCGAUCACUCUCCAAGCGUCUCUUAUGAACGGCCGUUGGCGAGCGGGGUGGUUUACAGGGACCACAACGGGCGGUACCACAACGCCAUGCUGCGGGACAAGGGCGAGGUGAUCCUCAGCGCCGGAGCGCUGGGCAGUCCCCAGCUACUGCUACUGAGCGGCAUCGGGCCCCGCACCUACCUCGCCACGUGGGGCAUACCCGUGAACCAACACCUCCCAGCCGUCGGUCAGUACCUCUACGACAACCCUCGCAACGGCGUCUCCUUCUUCUCCCCAAUCCCUCUCGAUCAUUCCCUCAUACAGGUUGUGGGCAUCACCAGCUCCGGCUUCUUCCUCGAGGCCGCCUCCAACAUCAUCCCUUUCUACCCUCCUUUCUUCGGACCAAUCGCCGCCCCAUUCCUCCUCACCGUCGCCACCCUCCUGGAGAAGGUCUCUGGCCCCGUCUCCACCGGCUCGCUCCGUCUCGCCUCGACCGACGUCCGCGACAACCCGACGGUCCGGUUCAACUACUUCGCGAGCCCGGUCGACCUGGACCGGUGCGUGAGCGGGGUGCGGAAGAUCGGGGACGCACUGCGGUCCCCGGCCAUGGAUGGGUUCAAGUGGGGGAUCGGCAUGGGGAGGGAGUUUAGGUACGUGGGGCCCGCGAUGCCGGCCAACGAAUCGGACGACGGAGCGAUGGCGGAGUUCUGCAGGCGGACGGUCACGACGAUCUGGCACUACCACGGGGGGUGUGUGGCGGGUAAGGUCGUGGACGGCGAUUAUCGGGUCAUCGGAAUCGGAUCGCUCCGUGUCGUGGAUGGGUCCACCUUCUACGCGUCUCCUGGCACCAAUCCGCAGGCGACGGUCAUGAUGAUGGGAAGAUAUGCUGGGCAGAGGAUAUUGGAAGAAAGAAGGACAGAAUCCGGGAAUCAACGAAGGCCGUGA